UUUGAGAGAAAGACGCGUUUCGCGUUUUUGGCAAGUUGGGGUUUGUAUGCAUUUAGGGGAGCUGUUCAGUUGGAACUUCGUUGUCACCAAAGAAUCGAUGGAAUCUCCGUGGAUCCUGAUCCGGAUUGGAAGUUUGAUUCUCUAUUAUCAGAGCUUAAUUCAUUGGAAACGAAGCUCAACACCUCUGCAAAAGUUCCUGCGCCUUUUAUCAAAGCAAGACCACGAGAUUUCUCAAAUGAAAAAAGUGCUAAUACAAGUCGUAGGCCUUUUGUAAUGGGCGUGUCCGAGGAUGAGAUGGAGGACACUGAAAGCAAGGUUGAGGAGGAUCAAAGUCUAGUGGCUGCAAAACGGUUCAAUUGUGAUAAAAUUUAUUUGAGUGAUGAUUCUGAUUAUGAGUCGGAUCUUGAAUUCCAAUCCUACUUGGUGGGUGAAGUGGGAUCAGUAGAAGGUGCUUUGUGUGAGUUAACCCAUGAACAUGAACUUGAUGUUAAGGAGGAAAUUAGAAACAGAAUUUCUGCAUUAGAGACAGAUUUGAUGGGUCAAAGUGAAAAGUCCAGUUCUGCACUCACUCGGGUUGAGAGAUGUAGAGAAGCAUGAUGGGAAAUGGAUAGGAAACUUGAUACUCACUACCAACGCAAGAUAAGCACUUGAUAAUCACUUGACUGCUGUCCAGCGGGACCAUGAAUUGAGAUCGCAGAUAGAAGAAAGGAAAAUAAGAAGUGAUGCAGCUUAUGAAGAAGCCAAAAGAAAGGAAAAGGCUUUUCAAGAAGAAAAACUACGCC